GUAUAGUGAGCAUAAUUAUCGACACUCUGAAUAGGUCUAUGCUUGAUUUCCAUGCCUCGUUCAUCUGCUGCAUGGUGGGAAGCUUACUUUUCAUCCUAAUCAGAUAUGCGGCUUGGGGUCUGGACGGAACUAUCCUGAUGGGAAUAAAGGAACCUAUCGGACACAAUGGAAAAAGUUGGACUAAUUGGAGUGCUACUCUUACCGCAGGCAAAUUUGUCUUCAGGGUGUUAUUCUCAUGUUAAUCUUAUGAAAGACGAGGAAAAGUGCAUGAAAACUCUUCUACUGUUAAAUUCACGUAAAGCUACAGAAAACAACAUCAGUGUACGCUGUAAGGGAAUGUGGGAUGACUUGAACUGCUGGCCGCCAGCUUCUCUUGGGGAAACCGUCUCCCAACCAUGUCCAAACCACGAGUUUUUCAGAUCGGAAGGUAAAGUGCACCGCAACUGCACAGCCAGCGGCUGGUCAGACCCGCUCAUCCCACAUGAAGAUGCUUGUAGCUACACUUUCAACGAGACGCUCCAGUUUUUUGGAGAGUCCUUAGAUUCCCAUUUGUACUUCUCCUAUGUGAAGACCAUGUACACGGCCGGAUACGCGCUCUCUCUCAUCACUCUGGCCAUGGCCAUCGCCACAUUCUGUGUUUUCAGGAAGCUGCACUGUACCAGGAACUACAUUCACAUCCACAUGUUUAUCUCCUUCAUCCUGAGAGCCAUCUUCAUCUUCAUCAGAGACUCUCUGCUGUUUGAUAAUGAGGAGCUCUACCACUGUGACUACUACCCGGUGGGGUGUAAGGUUGUGCUGAUGUUUUCCAACUACGCCAUCCUGGCAAACUACAGCUGGCUGCUGGUGGAGGGUCACUUCCUCUUCACCCUGGUCAGCCGCUCCUUCUUCUCCCUGAAGAAGCACCUCACCUGGUACAUCGUCCUAAGCUGGGGCAUACCGCUGAUUGUUCUUGUCGCCUGGGGCUGUGCCAAGUAUUUCUAUGAAGAUGAGGGCUGCUGGGAAACCAGGACACAUGUAUGGAUUUGGUGGAUACUUCGAGCGCCAGUUCUUCUGACUAUAUCUAUGAACCUCGUCUUUUUCUUGGGCAUUUUGAGGAUACUGGUGGGCAAACUCAGAAUGUCAGAUGCACAGAGGAAUGAAUUCAGCCAGUACAAGAGGCUGAUCAAAUCCACAUUUUUUCUGGUGACCCUGUUUGGCCUGCAUUACAUCCUGUUUGUUUUCCUGCCUGUUGAAGUGAACAGCUCAGUGUUUAAAAUAUGGAACUUUGCAGAGCUGGCCCUGUCAUCCACACAGGGUUUCGUGGUGGCCGUGCUCUACUGCUUCAUGAACGGAGAGGUGCAGCACGAGCUCCAGAGGAGAUGGAGGAGGUGGAGGCUGACUCGGCGCCUCCCCAGUCGGCCCAGGCAGCAUCACGGCUCCAUCAGUCACAGCGGGUCUCCUCACACUCAGGUCUCCCUGCUGCCCUGUUCUCCAGGCAGCCCGACAAACGGCGGACUCCCGGCGGACACCGUGGAGAUGUGACUCCAGUUGGGAUCGGCUCAUUUUCUCACUCACCUCGUCGGCACGCGAUGAAUCCUGGCUUGAAUGGCAGCUUGAGUACAGUGGGGCUGUCACAUGCAUUUUUUUUAUCUAAUCCCUGGUGUUUUUAAUUUCAUGACAAAAGGAUGUAAAACCCACUGUGAGGCCCAGUUAGUAAGCUGGCAGGCUUAUUUAUAGCGCUUUGGUCCUGCACUGAAUAGAUUCAUGAGGUACAUAUAAUGAUCGGAAACUGUUCUACAGAGCUGAUUGCUUCAACUGUAUCAUGAUUUGUACUGCUUUAUACUGAUAGGCGCUUCAAUUUUUUAUAGGCAGACGGAUUUACGGCCUGAGGCUGUUUCUUAGAUAACAAUAUAAACAAGUAAAAUUUGAGGUCCCCAAAAAACAGGUCUUUAUUUUUGAUAACCAAUCCUGUGCUUAAGAGCUUUGUAUUAAAACUGUUAGAAGAUAUUGUACAUUGUAUUUGCUCUUAGUUUGACAUCUUCACAAACACACUGCUUUACCAUUAGGCUGCUUAGUGAUUUCC